AUGUCGAACUAUUCUUCGCUAUCUCGAGUACUUUCGCCGUUCCGGGUACAAACUAAAUUUGAGGAAAAUUCCCUACCUGCUAGAUCUAACGUUGUAUCCAUAAGAUAUACCAUGGCAUAUUAUUUUGUUCUAGGUGAAGUUCCCGUUAAAAGGACACUUGAUUUUGUCGAGUUCGAUUCCUCAGAACUCGUUAUGAAACUUAGGCAUGCUAUCUAUGAUAAGAAGAAGAACACCUUUUCUAAACAUAAUGUUGACGAAAGCAACCUCAUAUUAUGGAAAGUCGAUAUCCCUUUCGACAAAGACAAUGUUAAGUUGCAAAUGCUUGAUGACACGACACGUACAAUUAACGUUGAACAAGAACUCGAAGGAAAGGAGAUGUUUUCAAGAGACCCAAUUUCAGUCCAUUUAGAACACUUUGAUGAAACACGACACUCGAUCCACGUAAUUGUCCAACCAUCACCACCGCCCGCCACCACUGGGAAGAGAAUAUGGGAUUUGGAUGAUGGUAAUGAAGACCGACACCGAAAAAAAGUGAAACCAUCAGUUCCGGAGGCAAUUCUUGCUCGUGCUAAAAAAAUCAUGGAGGAUAUAAAGAAACUUCCAGAGAAUCCCGAAGAUUACUCAAACCCUAAAAAGUUCCUUUCAUUGCCAUUUCCAUUCCUUGGCGAACGAAAACCAGUAGAGAGAUUCUCUAUUAAUGAUGAUGAUCAGUUUAUGUACAUGGGAAGAAAGGCAUUUGUCAAAGUUCUAAACACUAUUGACGAACUUAAACGUGGGUGUGGUUUUAUGGAUUGCUUCAUUUAUGGCACUAUGGGAUAUGGGAAGUCAUAUAUCCUUGCAACGAUAGCAUGUUUUCUUUUUAGAACUGGAAAGCGCGUAGUGUACCUUCCCGAUUGCCGUGAAUUAGCUAGGGACACAAAAGAUUACGUUAAAUCUGCCUUAUAUCUCGCCUAUGAAAACAAUAGUGACAAAAUUAACAAAAUAUAUACCUGUGAAACGCUUGAUGAAAUAGUAAAGUUCUGUAAGGAAGAAUCAGAACUGCUGUACAUUGUUGUAGAUCAGAUGAAUGCUUUAGAUAGUCAUAACAAUACUGAAAUUGAUGAAACAAUUAAGCGACAAACUAUAGCAUUCCUCAAUCAAAUAACCACAAAACAUUAUUAUAUUAAGAGUUCAUCAGCAAACAACACAUCGGCACUACGUCUUGCACUAAAACAAGCUAACGAGAAAAAGAUUGAACUUUAUGGAGGAUUUGAUGAGGAUGAGAUAUUGCAAUGGUGGAUUAAAAAUAUUUCCAAUCUGCCAUCAAUGGAUGACGAGCAAAAGAAGCAAAUCGAAUAUAUCACCGGACGAAAUCCACUCUUUUUGAGCUUUAUUCUAGACUCCAAGAAAGAUUUUGAUGAUACAUUGGAUUGCUUAAAUCAACUACUUGCAGAUAAGAUACAAGAGCCAAUGACGAACUUUUCAGAGAUUAUAUCAAGAGACGAAAGAUGGGAUCUUCACGUCAAAUUAAUGUCAUUGUGCUUGACAAGUGGUUAUACUCCUUUUGGCUAUGGAACUGACGAUUAUGACCAUCGCUUCUUCUAUAUUGAUAAUAAUAAAUGCUGUCACUGUUCGUCUGGAUUUGUACGUGAUUGCAUGGCUGAUUAUCUAUUUGAGAAGGGUAGGUUAGAAGUAUUUACAAAUCCAAGUUGGAUCCAAUGUAUAAAGGAGUUUAAGAAUAAUCCUUCGGUAAUGGGAUUCAUGGUGGAGAAAGCAUGCCUUUCAAGUAUUGUUAAGAAUGGAUUUAUAGCAAAUGUGAUAAAUUUUAAGCCUGAUAAUUACAAAUUUUUUACCAGUAUACAAGAAAUCAAUUUUUCUAUGAAUGAAGGACCAUGCACAUUUUAUUUACCACGUCGCUGGAACCAAAAGUCAAUCGAUGGAUUAAUAACCCUUCACAAACUGCAGAACAAAAAAGAAAAAGUUGAUAAAGACACAUUGUAUAUUGUUCCGAUUCAAAUUACCUUUGAUAAAGAAACGCAUUCAGAUUCCGAAGCAUCUUUUUUCUCUGGGAUUUGGCCAGGAUUAAAAUCAAAGAUGUUAGGUGACUUGAAAGUGGAAGUAAUAUUCAUUUGGAUUACACGCGAAAAUGAUGUGGAUUAUUUUGUUGAAGCUAACGAGAAAAUGUUAAAGGGAAGGAUGAUUGAAAUUAAUCCACAGUACACAUCGAUAGUUACGACAUUUAAGAGUAUCAACGUUGAGCUUGAGAAUAUUCUAUCGUAUUAG